UAUCUUGCAAUACCAUCAGUCCAACCUGAUGUUUUACUGUAGUAUAUGUGACUGAUUAAACACAACAUUGAAGGUUAGACAUUGUCGUUUUGGGAACGGAAGGCAAGAACUCGAUUAUUUAUAAAAUAUUUGAUGGAAAGAGAAAUUAUGGUUUAUUGUGUUGUGAGUUUUCAUUGUGCUUCUCUUCUGCAUGCUUGAAGAUGAAGCUCUGCUUCUUCAGACCUGACCUUAAAGAUGGACCGGUCCAAUCCUGACCUGGACGUUGGUUCUGAUCCUGGACUCCCUGGCUUCAGGAAACAUCAUCUUGGAGCAGGAGUCCUCUCUUCAUCAUCCAGCUGUGUGUCCAUGAGCAGUGAUCUAUCCAAGGAUAAAAACCCUUACUUCAGCCAUGAACCUUCAGACGAGACAAAACAUCGGCUCAAACGGGGAUCCUGCUCUUCAUCAUCCAGCCGUGUGUCCAUAAGGAGUGAUCAAUCCAAGGAUAAAAACCCUUACUUCAGCCGUGGAGCUUCAGAUGAGAAGAAACAUCAUCUUGGAGCAGGAGUCCCCUCUUCAUCAUCCAGCUGUGUGUCCAUGAGCAGUGAUCUAUCCAAGGAUAAAAACCCUUACUUCAACCAUGAACCUUCAGACGAGACAGAGACAAAAAACAGUGGCAGGUGUGGUGAGGAGCAGCUGUCUGGUGACAUCAUAACUCCCCGCUGUGUUGAGGAGCUUUUAAAAGAACAUCACACCAAUCUGAAGAGUAGAUACAAACAUGUGUCUGAAGGAACUGAAGAAGCAGGAAGAGAGACGCUUUUCAAUUUGGUCUACACUGAACUGAGCAUCACAGAGGGUCUGAGAGACGAGGUCAACACCCAACAUGAGGUGAACCAGCUGGAGAUUGCCACUAUCUCCGUCAUCUCUAGUGACACUUCAAUCAGGUGCCAGGACGUCUUUAAAGCUUUACCUGACCAACAUGGAUCCAUCAGACUGGUUCUGACGAGUGGUGUCGCUGGAGCUGGAAAGAGUUUCUCUGUGCAGAAGUUCAUUCUGGACUGGGCCGAGGGCUUGGAGAACCAAGACAUCAGUGCUGUGGUUCCUCUCUCCUUCAGGGAGAUGAAUUUGAUCAGGGAGGAUCAGCACAGUCUUCUCACACUGAUCCAGCUGUUCCAUCCGGCGCUGCAGGAGAUGAAAGCAGAGAAGCUGGCAGCCUUUAAACUUCUGUUCAUUUUCGAUGGUCUGGAUGAAAGCAGACUUUCUCUGGACUUCAAAAACAGUCCGGUGGUGUCAGAUGUGUCACAGAAGUCCUCAGUCAAAGUGCUGUUGACAAACCUCAUCCAGGGACAUCUGCUUCCAUCAGCUCUGGUCUGGAUCACCUCCAGACCAGCGGCAGCCAGUCAGAUCCCCCCGUCAUGUGUGGACAGGCUAACAGAAGUACGAGGCUUCAAUGAUGCUCAGAAGGACGAGUACUUCAGGAAGAGAUUCACAGAUAAGGAGCUGUCCCGCAAAAUGAUCUCCCACAUCAUGAGCUCCAGGAGCCUCUGCAUCAUGUGCGAAGUUCCAGUCUUCUGCUGGAUCACUGCUGUGGUUCUGGAGAAUGUGCUGACCACAAAGCGGAAAGGAAAACUGCCCACCACCCUGACGGACAUGUACUCACACUUUGUAAUGGUCCAGACAAAACGGAAGAAGAACAAAUACCAGAAGGAAAACGAGACAUGUCCACAGAGUACAACAGAAGCUGACAGAGAAGUUUUCCUGAAACUGGGAAAAUUGGCAUUUGAACAUCUGGAGAAAGGAAACAUCAUGUUCUACCAAGAAGACCUGCAGCAAUGUGGUCUGGAUGUCACAGAGGCCUCAGUGUACUCUGGAGUUUGUACUGAGAUCUUCAGAAGGGAGAGUGGUAUCUUCCAGAAAUCGAUCUACAGCUUCAUUCACCUGAGUGUCCAGGAGUUCCUGGCUGCAGUCUACAUGUUCCACUGCCACUCCAACGGCAAGACAGAGGUAACAGACAACUUCCUAACAAAUGAGGAAAACUCCAAAACCUUUGGACUGAGCACUUCACUGACUAAUGCUUUCAAUGGAUCUAAAGAUGACAAGAAAAAAGUCUUAACUGUGGACAAGUUUUUGAGAAGAGUGAUGGAGAAAUCCCUCCAAAGUGAAACUGGACAUCUAGACCUGUUUGUGCGCUUCCUUCAUGGGCUCUCUCUGGAGUCCAACCAAAAACUCUUGGGAAGCCUUCUGGGAAAAUCAAGAAAGACCUCAACUCAGAAAGCAAUCAGCAACCUCAAGAAGAUGAACACUGACGACAUCUCUCCUGACAGAAGCAUCAACAUUUUCCACUGCCUGGUGGAGAUAAAAGACCUCUCCGUACAUCAGGAGAUCAACAAGUUCCUUAAGUCAGCGAAAAGCUCGAAGAAGAAGCUCUCGGAGAUCCACUGCUCAGCGCUGGCCUACAUGCUGCAGAUGUCAGAGGAGGUUCUGGAGGAGUUGGACCUGAAGAAAUAUAACACAACAAGUGAGGGUCGAUGGAGGCUCAUGCCAGCGGUGAGGAACUGCAGAAAGGCUCGACUUUCUGGUUGUGGACUUUCUAAUACUCACUGUGAGGUUGUGGCCUCCGCUCUGAAGUCCAACCCGUCCCAUCUGAGAGAGCUGGACCUGAGUGGGAACCCCCUUCAGGAAUCUGCUGUGAAGAUUCUGUCUGCUGGACUGGGGAGUCCAAACUGCAAACUGGAGACUUUGAGAUUGGAGGACUGCAGUUUAUCAGAAACGAGCUUUGCUGCUCUGGGAUCGGCUCUCAGGUCCAACCCAUCCAACCUGACAGAACUGGACCUGAGUGAGAACAGGCAGCAGGGUUCAGGAGCCAAGCACCUGUCUGGGUUUCUGGACAGUCCAGAAUGCAAACUACAGAUUCUGAGACUUUCUGAAUGUGGACUCUCCCAGACAGCCUCUGCAGCUGUGUUUUCAGGUCUGAAGUCCAACCCAUUCCAUUUGAUCAAACUGGACCUGAGUGGGAGCCAUCUGCAGGACUCUGAAGUGAAGAUUCUUUCUGCGGUGAUGGAGAGCCCAUACUGCAGACUGGUGUCCCUGUGGUUGAAGAACUGCAAUUUGUCAGAGAUUGGCUGUGCUGCUUUGAGCUCAGCUCUUGAGUCUAACCCGUCCCACCUGGCAGAACUGAUACUGAGCGGGAACAUGCUGCAAGUUUCUGGGGUGAAAAACCUGUCUGGGUUUUUGAAGAAUCCAAAGUGCAAACUGCAGAUUCUGAGAUUGAACGACUGCGGUUUGUCAUCGAUCAGCUGCACAGCUCUGAGUUCAGCACUGAGGUCCAACCCAUCCCAUCUGAUAGAACUGGACCUGUGCAACAACUGCAACAUACAGGACUCAGGAGUGAAGCAACUGUGUGGGUUUCUGAGGAGCAGCAGACUGGAGACUCUGAGGUUGUUGAACUGCGGCUUGUCGAGGAUCAGCUGUUUUUCUCUGGAACCAGCUUUGAAAUCCAGCUCAUCCUAUCUGAUAGAGCUGGACCUGAGUGGCAACAAGCUCCAGCAUUCAGACAUUAAGCAGCUCUUUAAUCUGACGACAAAUUCCAAGUACAAACUGAGGACUCUAAGAUGGGAGAGCUUUUGAGAGGCAGAGCCUCUCCUGAUGAUGCACAGAGAUGAAGAUACCCCACCCUCCCUCUCUUUUGGGACAGAUGUGAACAGAUCUGGGAUCAGGUUGGAUUAUUGGAGAACUGCAGAGGAUGUUUGCUUUAGCUUUGAAGUUCUGAAACCCGUUUUCAUUUAUACUAUUUAGCAUCUCUUUUUUGAAUUUUUCACGUUUCAUAGCGCCCUACAGGCCUGACCCUCGAUGUCUGUAAACAUCUAAAUAUGAAUGUGACUCUGACCUGCUGUCAUUAUCCACUCCGUGUUAAUAAACCGUUCAAUCCUG